AUCUGCGCCAGGAAGAACAGUUAAAUAGCCAUCAACACACACUUUCUGGGUUAGACGAGACAAAUCCACACAGAAGUAUAGAAUUCGGUCUUCGGAGCCAUGUUUUCAUCCACCGCAACUCUGCGCCACAUAACGCGUCUCCCGCCCCCCACAACGUUUGACGAAGCCAUCCUCCGGCUCCACAACCACGAGCUCCUCAUCAAAUUCGAUCCAGAAUAUACAUCGCACGAGGAACUUCCUACUGACCCUACUAAUCCGGACGCCAAACGUUACAAAGUCACCGACAACCUAAAAGCCCUGCCGGCCGGCCUCUGGAACUCCAAAGUCACCUUCGAAGCGGAGUUGACGGAUACCGAGGAUGGUGUUAAUUGGGUUGUCAAGGCGCCUUUGGGGCUUGUGCAGAGGACCAGCUGGAGAUGUGUCAAGGUAGACAGUAUGGAAGAUGCAUCAGAGGUAGAAGGAGAGGGGGAGUGGUGUCUGGUCGAGGACGUGGAGAUUACAGCGAACAAAUUAUUGGUAGCACAUGUCAAAGGCAAGUGUGAAGAAAGUUGGAAGGGUACGCAUGGCAAGUUCUUAGACAGCUUGAAGGCGUAGGAUGUGCUCAGUGAGACAAUGUGUAGAUGCUAUGGAUACACUAUGCACUCCACUCUCACAUGCCAGAAUAUGGUCCAAAUUUCAUCAGAGUUGCGGUAUCAUGGCAAGAUAGUCGUGUCUUACUAGUACUAUUCGAAUAUCAGUAUCAGUGCCCGACA